AACAACAAAACACACAUGCAUAGGUCGUCUGCCAUCAUCACAAAUGUCACAUACGCCCGAAAAAAACCUUGAUAAAACCAACAAAACAAAACAAAAAAAAAACAAAAUUAAACUGAAUAAUGAAAAAAAAAGAAAAUUUAUUCAAUAGAUUGGUAAUCAUUUUAGAAUUUGUUCAAUAUAAUGAGAUGAUUUUGCAAUUUCGAAAAUGAAACAACAUCAUCAUCAUCAUCAUGGACACAAUAUUGUGUCCAUUGUAAUUACGAUGAUCAUCGAUUAUGGAAAAAGGAAAAAAAACAAUUUUUUUUCGAACAUACAACAAUCGAUUCAUAUUAAUCACAAUUAAUCCAGAUUCGUAUUUUUUUUUUGGCUUAUCAUUAUUAUGUUUCUUAGACUCUUUUUUUUAUUCAAUAAAAAUAAUGGUGAUACAGAUGUCCAUAUAGAGUCUAUAUCAUUGUGUAUCCAUUGACGAAAUAUGGCCACAUAGAAUAUAUGAUGGCAAACAACAACAAAAAAAAAUCCUGAAAUGAUGAAAAUCAAUCAUUCAUUGAACAAUGGCCAACAACAACAACAAAAAUUCCAAUGAUCAAAUAAUAAUCAAUUCCAAAUGUUUUAAUCCACUGACAUUGAUUUCGAAAUAUUUUGUAUAUUAAUAGGACACAGUUGAUUCAUUUUUUUUCAUUUUAUUUAUUUAAUUUGUCAAUUAAUUUACAUUUUUUUUUUAAUAAAAGAAAGAAAAAGAAAUUAGAGUUCCAGAAUUCUGGAUAUGGCCGUAAGGUGGCUGCAGUUGUUCCUCAUUUAUCAUUUGGCUGAUUCGUUGUAUGUAUGUGUUGUACUCAUCAUAAUCAUCAUCACAUGGAUGCCUUACAAUAUCAACAAGUGAUGAAAAUAAUGGCCGACAAUCGACAUGAUCGAUUUGUCGAUCAUUCACGUACAGAUGAUCUAUUAUAUUGGUUCCAAAAACAGCAAACAUUUUUAACUGAAUGUGGUGCUACACAUGUCGGUGUUACCGGUGAUGAUGAUAUAUUCGUUAUACGUGAUUUAUAUUCUUGUAUCGAUAUCUAUGGCCGACAACAGAUUGAUGAAUGGUCAACAACAAAUUUGACAAAUAGUAAUAACAAUAAUGAUUAUGACCAUCGUUUACCUAUUCAAUCGAUACCAAUUGUUCGACAGAUAAAAGUGAUUACAUAUCGCUAUGUUGGACCAAAAUCGAUUCGUCAUUCAUCGUUAUCAUAUUUAGCUUUAUUAAUCGAGAAGAAACAGAUCAUUCGCCGAAGACAAAUUCUAAUUUAUCCAAAUUUUCCAGCCAAAAAUGUUUCAAUUAUGGCUAAUUAUGAACAUUUUAGACCUGCUGGUAUUUCUCGUGAUAUCGAAAUGGAUAUCGAUUCUAUCGAAGCUAAUAUUAUAAUCGAAGAUAAAGAAUAUUCUGAUUUACGUACCAUUGCUUGCUGUCCUAAUGAUGGCCAUAUUGCCAUUGGAUUGGCCAAUGAACCGAUGAUUUUGAUCUAUGAGCUUAUUAUUGUUGAUCAAUGUCGAUCCAUCAUAGAUUUCAUACGAAUCAAACGUAUUCGAAUUUCAUUUAUAGCCGAUAUUAUUAGAUUUAACUCAGGUUAUUGUGCCUAUAUGUCUAAUGAUCAUGUUCAAAUCAUUCGAAUUACAGAAUUUAAUAAACAAUCAAAACAUGAAAAUUCAAUUGUCGACAAAAAAAUUGUUUACAAUAAUCUUAUGGUAAAACCCGGUCAACAUGAAAUAUAUGGACCAAUGACACCAAAGGCAUGUCCAUUCAAGAUUUACAAUGAUAAUGAUUUGAAUGAUGAAUCAAUCGAUGCGGGAAAUGGCCACGUGUUUUGUCGAACACUAAAUCCGGCCAUAUCGUUUGAUUCAAUUCCAUUAAAUCGUCCAAUACAUCAUUCAUCAACAUUGAUUGAUGUCAAAAAUUAUUCGAACCACAACAAGAAUUCACAAUAUCUUAGCUAUCAGAUUGAAAUGGAAAACAUCGAUAAUGACAUUAUUAUUGUUUACAUUUUAUGGAAUGAUCAUUUAUGGGCUUAUGCAAUUUAUUUGAAACGAGAUCCAAUGCGUUUGAUUCCAAUAUCAAGCCGUAGUUUAAAUGGACGAUUUGUUAAUUGUUUCGCUGUCAACAUACGACAUGAUGUCAUCUAUGUGUUGGGCAAUGAUGGCCUAUCUAUCUAUGCUAGUCAUGUACAUAAUUUCCUUACGAAAUUUCGAUCGGAUACAGUUCCAUCUAUCAAACGAAUGUUUUUAAUUGGUAAAAAUCAAUUUUUUGGUGCACAAUCAAUCAUCCAGGGCAUGGCAUUCGUAUUGUUGGCUUGUAUGCCAAGUACCGGUGUAUCGACCAUAUAUCUAUUGGAUAAACCAAACAUACGUUCAUUACAUGAUUAUUGUCGACAUUCAAUUCGACAAAUUAAUAGUGACCAUGAUCAGUCCGAAGAUGUUAUCAUUCCAUUAAAAAUAUUGGCCGAAAUUUGUUGGAAUCCAAUUACGACCAAAACACGACCAUAUGAUCGAAAUUUACUUGAUCGAUUAAUCGGACAAACAAUUCGACGAAUUAUAUCCACCAUCAAAAGUGAUGAUAUUGUUAUUUUACGUCGAAAAGUUUUGGCUCGAUUAUUCAAUUUAUUGGCCGAUUCUGCUUAUAAUGCAUUGAUUAGUUUGUAUGUCGAUGAAUAUUUUGAUAGUUUUAUCACAUAUGACGAUGAUCAGAUUGUCAUUGAAAAAACUGGCAACAAAUUGCCAAUUCUUGAUCCUAAAAUUGUAAUCAUAGAUGAUCAAUGUUUUCGUUACUUUCCAGCUAUAUCUACAACAAUGUUGAUUGAUAUUGAAAACGAUACAUUACCAAUGCAGACAAAUGAAUUGAAUCCAAAUGAUCGUAUAUAUCAGUUUUAUUAUUAUUUAUUUGGCUUACUACGAUUUAGUCUACAAUUUUCAUCAUCAUCAUCAUCAUCAUCAUCAUCUGGAAAUGAUUUGAAUUAUUGUAAGCAAUUAUUUGCCGAAUUACGAUAUGAAAUUGAGCAACAAUUUUUAUGAUGAUUAAAAAUGUGAAACAAUCAUACUGAAACAGCAUCGCCCCCUGACGAGCCAGUUGUUGGUUAUUUUGAAAAAAAAUUGAUCAAUAUUGUCCUUGACGAUAUAUCAUCAAAUGUUGAUGAAUAAAAAUGUUAAUGAAGCAGAAAAAAAAGAACGACGUCAAUACAUUUUAUCAACAUGCUCACAAGUGUGAUGAAUUGAAAACCAAUCUUUCUAGUCUUUUUUUUUUAUUGAAAAAAACAAUUUUCAACACGUUUUUCUUA